GGCGCCACACACACUUUAUUAUUUUUGUAAAUAAACACCGCACCUUCGUAUUUACCGUCGCGUACCGUGACCUUAACCAAAUGAAAUGUCUGGUCGAACCUUUAUUAUUGUCGGACGUACGUGAGCAAGGCAGGCAGCCAUAAAGUGCCAGUACUCCAGUCGAGAACCUUCUUGUAUGUGGGAGUGAACAUCGGCGUGUAUCCCUCUCUCGCUGCAGAGUGGCAUUCUCUGCAAAUCAUCAUCAAGAUUAGAGGAAUACCACCGAGCAUUAAUCAGCAAAACGUUAGGUUUGCAAGAUGAAUUACGCCCGGUUCCUCAAUGCAGUCAGUAAGGCUAGACGCCCAUCUCCGCUAAGAGGACUAACUGAGAUCCUUCAACAAAGCCCGGCAGGCACCAUCUCUAUGGCAACCGGCCUGCCCAAUGUUGAGCAGUUCCCAUUCCGAGAGGCCACCUUCCAGCUAAUGGAUAAAACUCACAUGCAUGUGAAUGCCUCUGAGAUGAAGAAAGCCCUGCAGUACACAGCCACACCUGGAUUACCGGAGUUGAGAGAUUGGCUUAUCGACAUGCAGACCCAGAUCCACAACCCUCCGACGCUGGACAGCACCAAUCCAGACAGCCAGAUGGACUUGAUAGUUUCUACAGGGAGUCAGCAUGCACUCAGCACAUCCUGUGAAAUGCUGUUGGCCAAAAACGACCAUGUAUUGACAUCAAGUCCGCUAUAUCCAGGAACAGUGGCAAUUCUGAGACCAUUAGGCACCAAGUUCCUGACCAUUGAAGUGGAUGGGGACGGCAUGAUACCAGAUCGGAUCAGAGAAGUCAUGUCACAGUGGGACCCAGAAGAAGGCCAGAGCGAAAGCUCUGAUAUCCCAAGGGUUCUGUGUGUGGUCCCCAAUGGUGACAAUCCCUCCGGUGCUGGCUUGUCGUUAGAAAGGAAGAAAGACAUCUAUAGUAUUGCACAGAAGUAUAAUAUGAUAAUCAUGGAGGAUGAUCCCUACUACUUCAUCCAGUUCAAUAAGCCCAAGGUGCCAAGUUUUCUGUCUUUGGAUGUGGAUGGGCGUGUCCUCAGGUUUGAUUCAUUCUCCAAGAUUCUGUCGGCAGGAAUGCGUGUUGGGUUUCUGACGGGGCCCAAAUACCUGCUACAGCGAGUCAACAUGCACAUGCAGGCCUCAGUGCUUCACACUGGGGGCAUGUCACAGAUGUUGAUAUUCAAGCUGUUAGAAAAGUGGGGAAUGGAAGGCUUCCUUGACCACACAGACAAUGUAGCUGCAUUUUACGAAGGGCGACGUGACAUGAUCCUAGAAUCUGCAGAUAGGUGGCUCCGAGGCCUGGCUGAGUGGCAUGAGCCGCGUGGAGGCAUGUUCCUCUGGCUCAAACUCCUAGGCAUCCAGGACACCACUGACCUGAUCAUGAAGAAGGCAAGACACAAAGGUGUCCUCUUCGUUCCAGGGGGCGUCUUCUACCCUGAGAACAACAAGAUGUCACCGCACCUACGAGCGGCGUACUCGCUUUCUACGCCUGAAGAAAUGGAUGAGGGAAUGCGGCGGUUAUCGCUUAUUGUCAAGGAGGAGAUGGGACUGUGAGAGAGGCAGGAGACGUCCAAUCACUUUACACCUCACAAACAUCAGCUGAAACAAUGUACAGGAUCCACCCAGAUCUUCCAUUUUACUGGCUGUUCAAAUUCAUCUAUGUAAAUGUUAUUUAUUUACCAGGUUCCUGCAACAGGCACAGCAAUGUACAUGUAUUACUUGCCGUAAAGGUAUAGUUACCAUACAAAAUAUGUCCCUCCAAAAGUGUCUGUCUAACUAUUUGUGAUAGACCUCCCAUUUUUAACACCCACCCCCACAAACUAGGAUUUAAGAAACCCAAACUGAAUUCCAUGUAUCAGGCAAAAUGUAUGCCAAGAAUGUUCAGUAUUAAAGUGCGCUACAAACAAAAUGCUUCAAGAAUCUCUUCAUGUUGUGCAUGAAAGUGUUGGGUUUUGAAAUACGUUUUGUUAAUCUUCAUUUUUGUUUUGAAAAACGAAAUAUGUACAUAUUUUAUAUGCAGUUGUGUUUAUAUUUUUUUCAAGCUAACUUGAAUCCUUGAUCCUGAUUGGUUGUUCCAUGGCAACAGCAUUGCUCUCCACGAAUUGCACUAUUCUAAAAUGUGCUAUUCCCAGUGCUAACACAUGAAAUAAUAUAACCGCUGAAAAGUUUGUGUACAGCAUGCGUGUUCCAUCUUUACUGUGUGUCAAGUUUGCUUUAAGAUAAAGUCAUUAUAUGUGCUCUUGGAUCACGGAAAUUUAGUGUAUCUGUGUUCCAUAUGCCACUUGGCUUUUGGCCGCAUGGUAUAUUGGACAUAGACGUACUACAUUACUCCAAGUGCCACUGGCGCUCAUAGAAUAACUACUAUUUGGUAUAAUGGUUAAGUAUUUUAAGAGUAUAUUAAAUGGAAUGUUAAGAAUAUUAACAGUAUGUUGGUUUUGUUUUUUUAGUCUGUCACACUAUCUGGUUUUCUUGAUAUGGUCGUAUUGGCAAAUGGUGGUAGUGAACUUCAUGUACUGAAAUGCACUGUAGAUACAUACGUUUAAGAUGCCAUGUCAAUAUGUAAGAGUCUGAAUUUAUGUACAUAAUACAGGUGUACCAAUAUUUUAUUUUAUCGUCUGGUUCAUCCAAUAAUGUUUCUUGUUUUGUUUUUUAGAUUUUUGAAUUAAUUAUGCAAUGUUCGAGUUCCGAAUAUUUUUUAAAAUAAAAUUUCAUUGCAAUUGAAGACACUGCCAAGUGUAAUUAUGCGUGUACAUGUAUAUUGUUCUCUCUGGUAUUUGAAAUUUACAGAGAACCACUCUACCCCUUUCAUUCUAAUGGUAUCUAAUUUCUUGUCAUGAUGAACUCCAUAAAUGAACAAUACCACCUUAUUCAUGUGUCGGCCAUAUUUAAUUGAAAACGAGCUAAUAUCUUCAUUUUUGGAACUUGAGAGUAGAAAUGAAAGCAAUGAAAUAAAUGUUCAUUAUUAAUUAA